UACCUAAAUCACUGUUUAUUAACAUAUGUAAUCUUAAGAAAACAAAAAAUCGAGUACAAGCUUCAGUGGCGUUAGAAGCGGAUUUAUGCGCUUCAGAUAUUGACAUAUGUGUCGUGUCGGAAACCCAUUUAAACAAUAAAAUUCCAGACUCCGUUGUUGCAAUGGCAUCAUAUAACCUAUACCGUAGAGACAGAAACUAUAAUGCAGAUACACGAAAAAAUGGAGGAAUUGCAGUAUAUCUUCGACAGAGCUUGGAAGUAAUUCGUGUCAUUCGGGAAACAGAAUUUGAAAUGAUUAGUAUUAUACUUACUCUCCCAACGGGACAUAAAAUGUUAGUUAUUGGAGCAUAUCACCCUCCAAGAUUUAGUUAUGAUGAAACAGAUUUUUUGAAUCGAAUUGUGGAAGUUGUUGACGAUUUUUUAGACAUUAACCCAAAUGGCUUAGUUCUCUUUGGUGGAGACAUCUAA